UUCAUCUCCUCUGCUGACGAGCUUUUUUGGCCGAUCACAUCCAUUCGAUGCCAUGGAUGGGUCACAAAGCACAUCCCAUGGACUGUGUUUGCACUCAAGGCAUUGGGCUUGGAGUGUGUGAACAAUACACAAAUCAUAAUCUUGGAUGCUAAUGAUAUUAAACAAUACUUCUCCUCUGAACAACAACCAACACUAUGGAAUGCAAUACCUGCUAUGGAGGAGCCACAGACAGCUUGGGAAUCAAAGAGUGAGAAUUUAUGGUUUGCAUUGUACAAGGAGGCUAUCCAGCAGGGUCUUGCAAAGAUUGGAAAGUAUUAUAGCAAAUUUGACGACAAACCUGUCUAUAUUCUUGCGCUUGUACUACACCCAUACUACAAACUCGCAUACAUCACAAUGGCAUGGGGCAGUCCUGAAGAACAAGCCAAGGAAUUGGCUGCUGGGAAUCUGAAUGCAAAAAAUUGGUAUGAUGAAGCUCUCAAGAUAGUUGAAAAGACUAUAGUAUUGGACCACACAUAA